CCCCCUCCUUCCUCCACAGCCCCCCCCACCCGUCUCCUCCACCGAGGCGCAGCGAUGGCGGACAACAGCGUGGAGAAGGAGGCUCCCGCCAGCGCGCAGGCCAAGAGCGAAGUGAAGGUUCGCAAGCAAAUCCAGUUUGCUGACCAGCAGCUGGAGUUCCAGCGUCGUCCCGUCAAGACUGGACGACGCUCGCUCUCUCGCUCCAUCUCGCAGUCCUCCACCGACAGCUACAGCUCGGCAGCGUCGUACUCGGAGAGCUCUGACGAUGAGGUGUCUCCGCGGGAGAAGAAUCAACUCAACUCGCGGGGAGGAAGUGACUUCUGCGUCAAGAACGUGAAGCAGGCGGAGUUCGGGCGGCGCGAGAUCGAGAUCGCGGAGCAGGAGAUGCCGGCGCUGAUGGCGCUGCGGAAGCGUGCGCAGGGAGACAAGCCGCUUGCAGGCGCCCGCGUCGUUGGCUGCACUCACAUCACCGCCCAGUCCGCAGUGCUGAUCGAGACUCUGACGGCGUUGGGGGCUCAGUGCCGCUGGGCCGCGUGCAACAUCUACUCCACGCAGAACGAGGUGGCCGCAGCGCUUGCAGAGGCCGGGUUCCCGGUGUUUGCAUGGAAGGGUGAGUCUGAGGACGACUUCUGGUGGUGCAUCAACCGCUGCCUCACCCGCGAGGGCUGGCAACCCAACAUGAUCCUGGAUGAUGGGGGGGAUCUCACGCACUGGAUGUACAAGAAGUACCCGGACACGUUCAAGAAGGUGAAGGGCAUCGUGGAGGAGAGCGUCACGGGCGUGCACCGGCUGUACCAGCUUUCCAAGGGCGGGAAGCUGUGCGUUCCGGCCAUGAACGUCAACGACUCGGUGACCAAGCAGAAGUUUGACAACCUCUACAGCUGCCGCGAGUCCAUCCUGGACGGGCUCAAGAGAACGACGGACAUCAUGUUUGGAGGAAAGCAGGUGGUGGUGUGUGGCUACGGGGAGGUGGGUAAAGGGUGCUGCGCCGCCCUGAAGGGCAUGGGCGCCGUGGUCUAUGUCACCGAGGUCGACCCGAUUUGCGCCCUCCAAGCCUGCAUGGACGGCUUCCGGGUGGUGAAGCUGAGUGAGGUGAUCCGACAGGUGGACAUCGUCAUCACCUGCACGGGGAACAAGAACGUGGUGACACGCGAACACCUGGACCGGCUGAAGAACGGCUGCAUCGUGUGCAACAUGGGCCACUCCAACACGGAGAUCGACGUGGCGAGUCUGCGCACGCCGGACCUCACGUGGGAGCGGGUGCGCUCGCAGGUCGACCACAUCAUCUGGCCCGACGGGAAGCGCAUCCUGCUGCUGGCCGAGGGUCGCCUGCUUAAUCUCAGCUGCUCCAGCGUCCCGUCCUUCGUGUUGUCCAUCACCGCCACCACGCAGGCGCUGGCACUGAUUGAGCUGUACAACGCCCCGGAGGGACGCUACAAGCAGGACGUCUACCUGCUGCCCAAGAAAAUGGAUGAGUACGUAGCGAGUCUGCACCUGCCGACGUUCGACGCGCACCUGACAGAGCUGACGGACGAGCAGGCCAAGUACCUGGGCAUCAACAAGAACGGACCCUUCAAGCCCAACUACUACAGGUACUAGCCCCUGGCCGGGCCAGCUGGCGGGGCGCUGGGAGGAUGAGCACCACCUGACCAAGCUCUCAUCCCCUCCCCGUGCCCACCGUACGUAGCCCGGCAGCCGGGCAGUGGUAAUCUCGGAAACGAAAUCGGCGUCUUUCAUUUUAGUCGACGGUGACUGCGAAUGUCGCCCCAGCCAGCGAGCGGAACGCGCGACGCGACGGAAUUAGCGAGCCUGAGCGAAGACGCAGACCGAGAUAAUUUAGUGGAGCUAUUAGAGACGGCAGUCCACUGAGGAAGACCAAGAGAUGCUAAUUUGCUGUAAACAAAGAUUUACCGAGUUCACUGAUUGCCCGAGCUGACAGUAGUGAGGGGGUAGGAAUCGCGCGCCCCUCACUCGGACAUUGAACAAUUCGGAGCGUGUGACCAAAUGUGUGACUGCUUUAGUCACUCAACCAAUAGGACGACUAAAUGAAACUCACGGACUCUGAAGACUUUAUGAAACUCCAUGUGGGUCUCUGGGUCUCUGCGUAAGUCUAUGGGUCGCUUGUGUGAGUAUGAGUCCAAAUAGUCCAUAGACUCACUCAAGAGGCCCAUAAACCAGUGGACUACAUUUUUGACUGCUUUGUUGAUCACAUGCAGAGGACGACUCGGUGAAAUCCGCAGACUGAGGCUCGAUUGAAACUCCACAGAUUGCCGUUGACCAGACCUAAGACUAAAAUAAAAACCGCUGACGUGUUUAGCACUGCCGGUGUUGAUCACUGUACUCCUCGUAGCAUUUCAGUCGUGAUGGGUGUAGUAAAUGAGGUAGAAAAUAAUUUCGAUGUUCGAUACAAAUCUCAACGUCUUCAUUUUUUGUCUUGGCUUUUUUUUUGUCUCUUGUGGGCUUGGGAGGCGAGGAAAAAAAGCUAUUAAGUGCACACACAGGUGUACACAGAAUGAAUAUGUAACACGCACACUCGCACACGCAUGCACGCAUGCACGCAUGCCCCCCGGCCCCCCAACCCCAUUUCCGCAAAUCAUAUCUACAGCAGCAAUGGCCCCAGCAUUAACAACGACUACGAUGAUGGCGAUAACGACAUAUCAGAGCUGGGCGGGUGGGUGGGGCGGAGACGUCGUGUGGCCGUAAGUCGGCGUGGCGGGGAGCUCGCGAUGAAACGCUUGAGCCUGCGCCGGUGCUCUCUAUCCUAUCAGUAUGGCGCCCAUGACCUCGUGAACCCAUCGAUGCUCGCCUAACGCAAACCUUGAAUUAGGAUGUUUGUGGACAAUGGGCGGUGCCACUGUAACACCCGUGUCCCUAACCUCGUGACCCUGCCGGUGACCUCGCGCAGGAGGACGCAGAGCAUGCUGGGUGAUGCCAAACACUGCUACUUGUUGUCAAGGACACUGCUGCAGACCGUCGAUUGAUUUUAUUUGUUGAUGCGGGUAGGAAAUAUUCAUCUUUAAGCUAUUUAACGACAAUCACCCGUGCAGGAUCUCAUUGACAUGAAGUUAUAGUAAAUAAAUUAAUGCAUUGCAGACACUAAGUAGGAAACACAUUCGAGGAAAACAACAUUCAAGUCGUGCACCAUUUAAGUAACAAUGGCAGCAGGUAACACAGAAAUAUAGGAACGACUCUCACGGGGUUUGCUUACCACACGUGGAAGAAACAGGAGAUCUUAAAUCAAGUAAGGAAUUUGAAAAGGCAAGGGAAGGGGGAGGGAUUUAUGCCAAAACCAUGAAGCGAGCUCCUCCUAAAAGUGAGUGCCGGCAACUCGUGAUAUUUGGUGCAGCGGUUCCUUAUAAGUAUGGUUAUGUAAUUGGUCCAAAGCUUUAUCGCAGCCAUUUUUAAAUACAUUUCUCCAACUUGUAACAGAAUUGUAAAUAAGCCAUUCAGAUGUUUUGCAGAGGAGUGCUACGCUUCAUGUGAGAUGAACAAUCCGUAAAAGCGGAUACCACGGAGCUACCUCUGAGAUCACAUCACGUGACCUCUAACCUAUACAGUGGAGGGCAGCGACCCCUCCACUCGUUAUGAAUGUGGGAGUGAGGUUCGUCGCAUGGCAGGCAAACUGAUAUUUUACAAUUCAUGGAGCUGGUAUUCUAACCAAAUUUAUCACAGAAACAAAUUUAUCUUGACGGUUUAUUUGUUCAGUCAUUGGUGACUGCCCUGAGACCAUCAAUUCGCUCACACUUGAGAACCCGGUUUGAUCACAGGCAGUGGCUGAAUCACGGAUUGGAACCAAGGAUCACAGCAGGGCCGGUGCAGUGCUCUUGACAUUUGAAGCACCCAACCACCUCUCAUUUUUGCCAUGCACCAUCCAUCACGGCGUGCCCGUUAAUAUCACAAUUGCACGUGUACGCCUGUGAUCCGGAUCUUUAGCGGGGAGGGGUGGUGGAUCGCAAAGAGAUUGUGAAACUCCCAAAUUUGCUGGUCCGCAAGGAGGUGAUGAUACUAGAGGUGGCAGGACAGCAAGUGAGUGUUUGAAUCCGUCUGUGCGGACCUUUUAAGUGUUACCGCCUCGUGUGCAUGCGGUGGGUUUUGUCCGUGUUCUCAAGCUUCAUUCCACAUGAAGAAAAACUGCUUUCAUCUUCUUGGUUCUUUCGGUAAAGUUACGUAGAAGGGAAAUGAUAAAAUAAUAAAAAUAAAACAAAUUAAAAAUCGAAAAAUAAAAACUGCUUUAAAAUUAAUUUGCCAAACGUCACAAAAUGCAGGACCUUCUUGAAAAACGAGACUCGGCGAGGCUUUCCUGAGUAAAUUAAAGAUAUUUCUCUGAUAUGUUUUCGGGUUGUACCAUGUGUUGUUCGGCACAAUGUCCGAUGCUUUCCUCCAUGUGCUGGAAGCUUCUUCAGGAACAAUUCAAGUGUUCCACAUAACACGGUACAACCCCAAAAAGGCACCCGAGAGCCAUCCUCUUCGCCUUAGUAACAUCAAUAGUAUCGACCCAUUACCCACGCACCUUGGGUUCUCAAAUCAAUCAUGAUUUGGUGGCAGCAGUGUGUUUCUCCACGGUUAUUGCAGCAGGUUCCCACCACGUCCUUAAUGUUGCGAGGGUCAUUUGUGUAGGCUAGGUCGGACUGGGCCGAUGUGGUCCUGACCUGGUCUGGGUUGGUCAAUGAGACACGCGGGAGCGCACGUGCAUGGCCGCGGUAGUCAAAUGUAGUUUUAAUCGUAACAAUAUGAUACAGUAAUAAAGAUGAUGACGUAAUAAGAAUCAUGCUUUUUCAUUACGGAGCUUUGAUAAAUGUGAUCUCUUUUUUUCUCAAGGUAAAUUCUUCGUGCUGUAUGUCCGAUGAGAUUGAAUAAAAACGCUAUUUAACGCGCCAA